AUGCAAAACGACAUAACUGUGAAAAAGCACUCCAGUCCAUUUGGUCUGCCCAAUCUACUCAAAGAAGAGCUCAUGAACACCGGCCUCUCAGCCACAGAUAUCUCUUUGCUCUCCUUCGAAGAAGCUCUGCAGCGAACUGGACCACUUACUGGUGCCACUCUAAACAAGACUCUUCAAACCAUGCUUAAAACCUCCUGGAAGCCCGAAGUCCUCCUCGCCCGCUUAGAACUUGCCCUUGGCCCCAUUGCUCCGUCUUCGGCCUCGCCUCUGCUUACCAUUCUCAAUGCCAUCUUGGGCACUAUUGACCCGGCGAUUGCCUACUCUGGCGACCUGGCCGAUGAAGAGAGUGCCGAGCUCCUGGCGUUCUUGCUGGCCCUGCGGAUUGAGGCCGAAGAUAAGCUCAGUAAAAUGGUGGCCAUGUACGUUAUAGCCCGUCUGCCAGCCAACCCAGUGGCUGUUCAGGAGGUGGCUUCGCGCUUCCUUGGCGCCCUUACGGCCACUCCUAAUCCCGCGGAUGAAGACGCAAUGGAAAGACACUUGACUUUAUUUAGUGGCACAGCUAAAAGCAAAACCAGACACCGCGAGAUUGUGACUGCCUAUGUUGAGCCCCUGACUGCGCUGGUUGAAAACUGCCAGGCAGAGGUUCCUAUCUGGCCGAACGUUCUGGCUCUAUACGAAACCAUUGGCAAAGCCGCCCUGCCCGUUGACAAAGUACGUCUCCUUGGCCGAGCUGUGCUGAAGACUCUUAAGUCCGAGGAAUCCCUGCUACUGGCCUGCUCGCAGUAUAUCAGUAGUAUGCGCAAGAAGACACACGAGCUCGGGUAUGCCCAGUUCUUUAUCGCUGCUCUGAAAAAGCCCGAGAUGUCGGAAGCCGCAGCCAGCACACUGCGCCAGCUACUGGUUUAUCUGGUCAGCGAACGGUCCUUCAACACCUCCACCGAGCUCUGUCCACUUGGUAUUACUCAGCUUUCUACUGAGCUUCUCCUGCCCCUCCUAGCUGAUCUUAAGCCCGAAAAGAUCAAUGUGCGCACUGUCCUUCCUCUUCUCAAGCACCUCAUUCGGGCCCACAAAGCCAACAAGGACAUUCUCGCCCAGAUAGGCGACCAAAUCACGCGCAUCACCAACGAUGGCAAGAAAGCCGUUCUCACCAGCCGAAGUCUUCUUCGCAACAUCAAUCAGGCCGUUGAGCCCGACACCAACACCCCCAAAACCUCCUAG